GCCGGCCGGCCACCUUCCCGACCUGCUAUGCAAAUUUCCCGGGACCAGGAAGUGAGCGGCGAAGCCUCAGUCCCCGACAGGCUGCGAAAGCCGCCCAAGUUCCUCUCUGCGAGGGAGCAGGACGGGCGCUUGGCAGGAGGCGGCGGCUGGCUGGUUCCCCUCGGGCGUGCUCUCAGUUCCCCUGUGGCCGAGAAAACGGCGCGGCUGCCGGCGAGGCGCUCCCGCCGGGCUCGGGCUCUAUCCGGGCCAUUGGGCUGAAGCAGCGAGCGUGGACUUCCCAAGCUCGGGACCCCGGGGAAAGAAAAUAUGGGAUGUAUAAAAUCCAAACGAAAAGACAAUCUGCAGGGAGAUGUGAAGACCGAACCAGUACGUAAAUCUGAACGAACUAUUUAUGUGAGGGAUCCAACGUCCAAUAAACAGCAAAGGCCAGCAACUGAUGAUAUCCUUCUGCCAGGUCAGAGGUUUAUAGAAGCAAAGGAAAAGGAACAUCAGGACCUUGUGGUAGCCUUGUAUCCUUAUGAUGGCAUUCAUGAAGAUGACCUGUCCUUCAAAAAAGGAGAAAAAAUGAAAAUUCUGCAGGAACAUGGAGAAUGGUGGAGAGCCAAGUCCCUUUUGACCAAGAGAGAAGGCUUUAUCCCAAGCAACUAUGUCGCAAAAGUUAACACCUUAGAAACAGAAGAAUGGUUCUUUAAAGACAUAACCAGGAAAGAUGCAGAAAGGCAACUUCUAGCACCUGGGAAUGCUCCCGGGUCAUUCCUUAUCAGAGAGAGUGAAACAUUGAAAGGUAGCUACUCUCUGUCCAUGAGGGACUAUGACAGACAACAUGGUGAUGUCGUCAAGCACUACAAAAUCAGAAGUCUAGACAAUGGAGGAUAUUACAUCUCUCCAAGAAUUACUUUUCCCUGUAUCAGUGACAUGAUCAAACAUUACCAAAAGCAGCCAGAUGGAUUAUGCAGAAAAUUGGAGAAGGCAUGCCUCAGUCCCAAACCACAGAAACCGUGGGAUAAAGAUGCCUGGGAGAUUCCACGGGACUCAAUCAAAUUAGUAAAAAAGCUUGGAGCUGGUCAAUUUGGAGAAGUCUGGAUGGGUUACUACAAUAACAAUACCAAAGUAGCAGUGAAAACUCUGAAGCCGGGCACCAUGUCUGCGCAGGCAUUCAUGGAAGAAGCCAACCUUAUGAAAUCACUUCAGCAUGACAGGCUGGUCAGACUCUACGCUGUAGUUACCAAAGAAGAACCAAUUUAUAUCAUAACUGAAUUCAUGGCAAAAGGGAGCUUGCUGGAUUUCCUGAAGAGUCAAGAUGGUGGGAAAUUACUACUUCCAAAGCUCAUUGACUUCUCAGCUCAGAUUGCAGAAGGGAUGGCAUAUAUAGAAAGAAAAAACUACAUCCAUCGUGAUCUGAGAGCAGCUAAUGUUCUCGUUUCAGAGUCUCUAAUGUGCAAAAUUGCUGAUUUUGGACUUGCUAGAGUAAUUGAAGAUAAUGAAUAUACAGCCAGGGAAGGUGCAAAAUUCCCUAUCAAAUGGACAGCACCAGAAGCCAUUAAUUUUGGCUCAUUUACUAUUAAGUCCGACGUGUGGUCCUUUGGAGUGCUUCUGUAUGAAAUAAUUACUUAUGGGAAAAUUCCUUAUCCAGGGAUGAGUAAUUCUGAUGUCAUGAUAGCUCUUCAACGUGGGUAUCGCAUGCCACGCAUGGAGGCCUGUCCAGCUGAGCUCUAUGAUAUUAUGAAAACAUGCUGGAAAGAUAAAGCAGAAGAGAGACCAACUUUUGAAUAUUUACAGAGUGUCCUUGAUGACUUCUACACUGCUACAGAAGGACAAUAUCAGCAGCAGCCCUAACAGGAAAAAGGAGGAGC